AUGCUCAAACUCCAAAUCCCAUACGUCGGCCGCAUGCACAGUGGGAUUCUAAAACACGGUGAUAUUCUUUGGGCUUUGGAUUCAGAGGGUAAUAAAGCUGGAGAAGCCAAGGUUAAGAAGCUUUUCGGGAGGUGUAGACUGGAGAGGAUCGGAAGGGUGCUGGGGGGAUCUAAGCGCUGCGGGGUUUAA